AUGGCCCCCGCAAAACUAGGCUCUAAGGCGAACUCGAGGAAGGAUGGCCAACCUCGAACUCAGAUGUCAUGGAACAAUAACAAUAUUAACACUGUAGGCGACAACCCGCCCUCCGUCUCCAGUCCCUCUGCUGCUGAUGAAGCUGACACCAUCUCCUCACGUCAGCUGUGGCAAGUCAUCAUGCGCACACAGCAGGUAGACCUCGAUUUGAACCUGGCUGAAAUCUCCGCUGCCUGGCGCUUCCGUCGUCACCUCCGCACUGGAAACACUCUGGUGCUCCGCCGCGGCGACAUCAACGCAGUCAUGAGCGCUCAGGCAGCAGCCAGCACCACUGCCAAUACCCAUGCUGCUGCAACUGCGAGUGCCCACACCCACGUCUUUUCCAUCAAUAGUAGUGCCAGCGGCAACACUACCAGCAACGCGAGUGCUCACGCUCACUCUCAUACCGGCAUCAUCUAUGAUGUUCAGGGAAUGGCAGGUCCUAGCAACGCUAGUGGCCAUCAUGCUAUGAAUAGUGGUAACGCGGGUGCCAGCCGCGUCCGGAGGGCCUCCCCUCGGAAGGGUUCCCGCCUCCAACCCACCAGCCAGGGCUCUGGAGCUCAGCAGGACAGUUAG